CCAUCACUUCCGGCGGCUGCGCGUUCUAGCAGUCGUGGUCUGUGCGCCCGCGGCUCGUCUUCAAGUGAGCUUGAGAGGAUGAAGAUGGAGAUGAUGACUUUUAUGCUUUCAAUCUCCUUGCUCAGAACGGCGGCACAAGUCCCGGAGCAGCAAGUGAUGGAUGUGCUGAGCGCUCAGGACUCCAAGUGGGCGGGUGAAUUUUGGGGCGGCGCCAGUGCGCCAGCCGAUGUCUACGUGGCGGCAGCCAUUCGCCUGCCGCCCAAGGUGGGCGGCGGCGUCCUCCUUGGUGUGUAUGGGAAGCACGACAACAAGAAGUACCUGGAGGUUGCCGUCAUGGCCAAGAUCAACAAAGUGUCGCUCCGCUUCUUGCGUCCGUCCGAUGGGAAGGUUCACACGGUGAACCUGGCGAAUGCCAACGUGUCAGAUGGGCACCGCCAUUCGCUGGUGGUGCGUCUGAGUGAGCUGCGACGCGCCAGCAUGAGGGCGGAGCUCUACGUAGACUGCCGAUUAGCCGACGCGGCGGAGGGUGCGCCUCACCUGCCUCCCCUCCCUCGGGAGCCGGAUGCCGUGGAGAUCCGACACGGACAGAAGGCGUACACGCGCAUGCAGGGCGCCGUGGAAAUCCUGCGCGUGGCGCUUGGGGGCAGUGUGGUUCAAGCCGGCGCCCUGGUGGACUGUCCUUUUCUAGGCGACUCCGUCCACAACCUAGCGAGCGGCGACCUGCACGCUAUCCUCGCUGAUCACGCCAAAGCGCUGAUUGGUCAGAUGCUCCUCUUCAAUCAGAUGCUGGGGGAACUCCGACAGGAUGUCAAGAAACAGGUAAAGGAGAUGUCUUUGCUGAGGAACGCCAUCCUGGAGUGUCAAGUUUGCGGUUUUCACGAGGCGCGUUCUCACUGCUGGCCCAACCCAUGCCACCGGGGUGUGGCCUGUGCCGAAAGCCCACACUUCCCUGGCUUCACCUGCGGACCGUGCCCGCCAGGCACCCUGGGAAAUGGGACGAGCUGUCGUGACGUGGAUGAGUGCGAGGCGCAGCCGUGCUUCCGACCGUCGGCCUGCAUCAACACGGAAGGCGGCUUCCGAUGCGGCCCGUGUCCUCCCGGCCUGCGGGGGCCGCCGCUCUCCGGGACCGGACUGCACUACGCCAAGACGCACAAGCAGGUGUGUGUAGACAUGGACGAGUGCGUGGAGCUUCCCGACGCUUGUGUGCAAAACUCGGUUUGCACCAACACAGAGGGCUCCUUCCGCUGUGGCGGCUGUAAAGCUGGAUACCUUGGCAACCAAACGAUAGGCUGCUUCCCCCGCAGUUCUUGCGCCUCCUUGACCUUCAAUCCUUGCGACGCCCAUGCCCGCUGCAACAUGGAGAGGAACGGCGUGCCGUCCUGCACGUGCAAUGUGGGUUGGGCGGGCAAUGGAAACACGUGCAGCGUGGACACCGACCUGGAUGGCUACCCCGACCGGUCACUGCCCUGCCUGGAUAAUAACAAACACUGCAGACAGGACAAUUGCGUGUCAACUCCAAACUCGGGUCAGGAGGACGCCGACAAUGACGGCAUCGGAGACCAAUGUGACGAUGACGCCGAUGGAGACGGGAUAAAAAAUGUGGAGGACAACUGUCGCUUGGUUCCCAACAAGGACCAGCAGAAUUCCGACAGCGACUCCUUCGGCGACGCGUGCGACAACUGUCCCAAUGUGUCUAACAGCGAGCAGACAGACACGGACGGAAAUGCCAGAGGGGACGCCUGCGACCUGGACAUCGACGGAGAUGGCAUUCCAAACGUGCUUGACAAUUGUCCCAAGGUUCCUAAUCCCAUGCAGACAGAUAGAGAUCAUGAUGGCAUCGGAGACGCCUGCGACAGUUGCCCUGAACUCAGCAACCCGACUCAGACGGACAUGGACAACGAUUUAGUGGGAGAUAUUUGUGACAACGACCACGACAUGGAUGGCGACGGCCACCAGGACAACCGGGACAACUGUCCCGACAUCGCCAAUGGUUCUCAGUUGGACUCCGACAACGACGGCCUCGGAGACGACUGCGACCAGGACGACGACAACGACGGCAUCCCGGAUCACAGGGACAACUGCAGACUCAUCGCAAACCCUCACCAGCAAGACUCGGACUUGAACGGCAUCGGCGACGUGUGCGAGCUGGACUUUGAUGACGACGCGGUCCGGGACGCCCUGGACGCCUGUCCUGAGAGCGCUGAGGUGACGCUGACCGACUUCCGAGCUUAUCAGACGGUGGUUUUGGACCCCGAAGGCGACGCCCAGAUCGACCCCAACUGGGUGGUCCUCAAUCAGGGGAUGGAGAUUGUGCAAACAAUGAACAGCGACCCGGGCCUGGCCAUCGGCUACACGUGGUUCAACGGGGUGGACUUUGAGGGAACAUUCCACGUGAACACGGUGACGGACGACGACUACGUCGGCUUCGUGUUCUCGUAUCAAGACUCGUCAAGUUUCUACGCCGUCAUGUGGAAGCAAACGCAGCAAAUCUACUGGCAGACGCAACCGUUUAGUGCCGUGGCGAGCCCCGCCUUGCACCUCAAGGCAAUGAAGUCGAGCACGGGUCCUGGCGAGUAUUUGAGGAACGCGCUGUGGCACACGGGCGACACAAGCGGUGAAGCCACGCUCCUGUGGAAAGAUCCCAGGAACGUGGGCUGGAAGGACAAAACGUCAUAUCGGUGGCAGCUCAGUCACCGCCCGCAGGCCGGAUACAUCAGGGUUCGUCUGUUCGAGGGCUCUGACAUGGUGGCUGACUCGGGCGUUGUGAUUGACAGCACUUUGAGGGGGGGCAGACUGGGGGUCCUCUGCUUCUCCCAGGAAAACAUCAUCUGGUCCAACCUGCGCUACCGCUGCAACGACACGCUUCCUGAAGACUUCCACAAGCACGGCCAACAAGUGGUGAUGCACGUGCAAGUAUGAGCGCAUAUGGGUGACGUAGCCAAAGGUGGGGGCGAAGCCAGAUGCAGAGACACACCUGAGCCAUCGGCUGUCAAUCAAAGGACACUCUUGAAGACAAAAAGUGGAGCGAAUGGUGUCAAAACUCCCUUCAAAGAAUAAAGCCACAGAUCAUGUU